AUGUACAUUCCUCCCCAUUUUCAAUGGUUGGAGGCCCGGCAGGGUGCGAAUUCAGGAGCCGACAGCCAGGGUAGUCCGGAUUCUGGGAAUACUGAUCCAGGGAAGGAUAAUUCGGGGGGGAUGUCGGCGAGAACGAAUGCUGCUAUCAUUGUCGCUGCAGUUCUCGUCUUCGCCAUCACCGUCGGGGUCAUCCUUUUCUUCCUCCUCCGUACCCUGCGUCGAAUGAACUAUGCUCCCAAAUACAUCCCCGGGAAACGCCUUAAAGAUAAAUGGAAUGGAUGGAAUGCCGGCCGGUCAUAUGGCCAGUUGUCGAAUGGAUCGUCGUCCAAUCAGACCGGGGACACGGCAUACCACGGCUCGGGUCGUGGAGGUGGAUCGGAGAUGAACACGACUGACAAUGCUACGAAUGGCGUCCGUCGUGAGACCUCGGUUCGAUCGGUGAUCACGCUGCCUCCGUACUCUGCGAAUCCCAAGCCCGAAGAACAGAUUAUCGCCCGGGAAGGUGAACGGGAGGGUAUGGAUGUUGUGGUGGAGUUUCCCGAGACCGCUGAGGAGGAGGAGGCGCGGAGAGAGGAGUUGAUGGAAUCGCUGUAUCAGAUUCGAGUGCAGCGGCGACAGGAACAUGCUGAGCGUGAGGCUCGACGACAGGCGCGUCGUGAGGCCCGGCAACGGGGCGAUUUUAUUCGUCUGGAGGAACUUCGCUUGCAGAGCACCAUCCGCGAUCGCAGUCGUUCGGAGGCUCGAAGGAACAACAGCCGCAAUCAAUCGGCCACGACAUUGCUGGCAGAACAUCAGAGCCGUGGUCGGGAUAGGCGGAUCGCCAGUGUUAACUACGCUGCUUUGGGCCGCGUGCGGCAUGAUGGUUCGCGUCUGAGGAAUAAUUCGUCUGAUUCUGAUAACCGCCCUCUGUUGCAGAGCUCGGGGGAUGGAUCUACGGGUGAACUUGCUCAUUACCGUGGUGAAUCGUACUCAUCUCUUGUUUCGGGAUCGUCUGUUACUUCGGAUGGAGAUACUCUGACUCCUGUGGUGUCUCAGCGGCAAUCGAUGCAUUCCGCGCGGUCUCGCUCGAAUAGCCGUCCUGAGUCCAUUCCGGAAGAGGAGCUGGAUACUACCGGUGCUCCGCCUCCUCCGGAGUAUGAUUUUUUGGACUGGGGAGAGGCACCUGCAUAUUCAAGCCCGGUCGUGGCGCAGUUCGGUUCGGAUGCGAGAGGAAGCAGGAACCUGACGGGAGAGGCUGGCCAGACAACGGGCUCGAAUGAAAACGAGACAAGAGACGAACAAGACGAGACUGCACAAAUUAACGAGACGAGUCAGAGUACGGAAAGAAGUCGGCCUCCGCAACUGCCUCAACUCUCCCUCCUACCUACUAUUCAGGUCGACGUUGCGAGUCCAAUCGGUGACUUGACACCAACGACGCCAACCAUGCCUCGACCAAGAGAGGAGCAAGCUGAGCACGUCUCGGAACACACCUCGGAGCACACUUCAGAGCAUGCUCCAGAGCAUCCCUCCCAGCAGCCCGCCGAGCAUUCCGGCAACAACGCCUCCGACACGACUACUGCGGCUUCCCACCAAAACUCUUGA